AUGGGACCCAAGCCAGCCACCAAGACUUCCACCAAGACUGGCAAGCAGGCCAAUGCCGCUGCCAAGUCGGCCCUGCGCGGAUCGUACGCGAACAAGAAGCGAGCGAUCAGGAAGAGCACCAGCUUCCACCGCCCCAAGACCCUUGAGCUGUCCCGUACGCCCAAGUACCCCCGCAAGUCGGUCCCCCAUGCUCCUCGCAUGGAUGCCUCGACCAUCCUCAUCCACCCGCUUAACACCGAGUCCGCGAUGAAGAAGAUUGAGGAGAACAACACACUCGUCUUCAUCGUCGAUGUCAAGGCCAACAAGCGCCAGAUCGCCCUUGCCCUCAAGAAGCAAUACGACGUCAACUGCGUCAAGAUCAACACGCUCAUCCGACCGGAUGGCUCCAAGAAGGCCUUUGCCCGCCUGACCGCCGACGUUGACGCUCUCGACAUUGCGGCCACCAAGCUCGCUAUCGUUUAA